AUGCAGAAGCAAAAGCAGUUAAGAGGAGAAAAAGAUGUUUGUAUGCUAAAAAUUGCAAGGAAACUACAUUUUGAACUUUGGAAGACUUUGAAAAACCUGACUACCAUCCCCAAAUCCAUUCUUAGUAAAAGUGAUAAAAUUGACAAUAAAGUUAAAAGAAUUGGACCACACAUAGAGAUCUUCCAAGUGUUCCGGGGAAGAAAAAAAUUUGCAAUAACCAAAAACAUAAUUAAAAUGGUCACCGUCAUGCAGGCAUUUGUCAGAGGGUGGCUCGAACGCAAAAGAUUCCAAAGAAUAAUGAUAAAGGCUUUGUAUCAUGGACCAGAUUUGAGGACAGUUAUAAAUAUGUACUGCAGACAAAUCUAUCGUGUUAAAUAUCGACUUGGUCUUUGGAGGACAAGACAAAUCAUAAACCUUACAGAGUUGGAGGAAUGGAUGGACAGAAAAAAAUUCUAUGAAACAAUGUUUGCUAAAAGAGAAGACUGGCAAGGAUUAGAAAGAAGUGAACUCCUUAAGUACUUCAAUGACUGUGGCCAUUUCCCAACCCACCAGCAAAUUGAUGAGGUUUGGGAUCUGGUCCAUAGAGAAGACCGUGAAAAAUACUCUAAUAUCAUCAAGAAGCACAAUGCAAUUGAAAUGUUAUUUACACUCUACCCUCCUCAAGGUGCCCAUGUGUCUACUAAUUUGAGGCUUAGGUCAACUUGGCUGAGACCCAUAGUAAAUGGGGAAGAAGGAUAUAAGUAUAUAGUUUUUCAUUUACACAUCAAUGAAGCUAUAAAAAUAAAGUUGAAAACAUAA